GAUUAGGUGUAUAUUGUGAAUGCGAAUUGUGAAAUUACCAUGGAAAUUACUCAAAUUAGUUAUUACUUUUUUAUGUAACGAUCAAGUUUCAGACUUCUAUAAAAACUAAUUUUAGUUAUAAAUUAUUGGAUUAUAGAUUACGUGCAGAUAUUUAUAGAACCAUGAGCAGCACAUAUACACCAGGCACUGUUCCGACAGCACCAUAUGGAUGGAAUCAGCAGACAAGUGUUUCACCUGCAAGUCCUUUCACCCCACAACCCGAAUUUGUGAAAGCACCAUAUGAGCUUAUUACCACUGUUGUUCCUGUUGGUCCCCAUAGUACCCGAAUGGUCUGCUCCAAUUGCCGAAAAGAGAUAACUACAAAAAUAAAUAAGAAACCAAGUUCAAUGGCUUUUAUAUCCAGUUUAUUGUUGUGUGUGUUUGGAUGUUUUUGGGGUCCAUGCUUAAUACCGUUUUGUAUGGAUCAAUGCUUAAAUGUUGAACAUAAAUGCCCUAAAUGUGAAGUUUAUUUAGGGCAGUAUUUACGAUAGGUUGUGUAUAAUUUUUACAAAAAUCUUAUUAAAUGUUCAAAUUAACAAACUUACAAAACUUAGUAUACUAAUGCUUACUCAAAAAGGCAGCUUGUUUGAUGUAUUCAAAAGACAUUAUGUAUACUUACUAACAAUUAUUGUCUUCAGUGACUUGUAAUUAUGUGCCUUAAAGUAUUAUUGGAAGUAUGAAAUCUCUAAAACUACUUAUAAAUUAAACAAAUUUUUAAUAUCACAUUAGAAAUUUAGUUACCUCAUAUCAAUAUUAAUUAUAAAAGUUCUAAUGUUAUCUGUUUAUAUUUUUAUUAUUUUAUAUUAUUAUAUAAUGUGUUAUUUGUUUUUAUUAUACUUAUUAAUUAUUCUUGUUAUGACUAAUAAAAAAAAUUUCAAAGAC